CCCCAAGUGUUUUGCCACCGCUAAUAAACUCCAGCAGAAGAAGAAGAAGAAGAAAAGAGUCGGGAGUCAUGGCGGACACAAGAGAGAAAGCGUUGCAAGACUAUAGGAAAAAAUUACUAGAACAUAAGGAAGUUGACGGGCGAUUAAAAGAAUUGAGAGAACAGUUGAGGGAACAAACGAAGCAAUACGAGAAGUCGGAGAAUGACUUGAAGGCUCUUCAAAGUGUUGGUCAGAUUGUUGGUGAAGUGCUAAAGCAACUUACUGAGGAGAAAUUUAUUGUGAAAGCCACCAACGGCCCUCGAUAUGUGGUUGGAUGUCGCAGACAGUUGGACAAAUCACAGCUGAAGCCAGGCACCAGAGUGGCUUUGGACAUGACUACACUCACUAUAAUGAGGUACCUACCCAGGGAAGUGGAUCCUCUAGUGUACAACAUGUCCCACGAGGAUCCAGGCAGCGUCUCCUACUCUGAGAUUGGAGGAUUGUCUGAACAGAUCCGUGAGCUGAGAGAGGUGAUUGAACUGCCUCUGACAAACCCUGAGCUCUUUCAGAGGGUGGGCAUUAUUCCCCCAAAAGGUUGCCUACUUUAUGGGCCUCCAGGCACAGGGAAGACUCUUCUUGCCAGGGCAGUGGCCAGUCAACUGGAUUGCAAUUUUCUGAAGGUUGUGUCUAGCUCCAUUGUGGACAAAUACAUCGGUGAAAGUGCAAGACUCAUUAGAGAGAUGUUCAACUAUGCCAGGGACCACCAGCCAUGCAUCAUCUUUAUGGAUGAGAUUGAUGCCAUUGGUGGCCGCCGUUUCUCAGAAGGUACCUCAGCUGAUAGAGAGAUCCAAAGAACUCUGAUGGAGCUGUUGAACCAGAUGGACGGUUUUGACACUCUACACAGAGUUAAGAUGAUCAUGGCCACGAACAGACCAGACACUCUUGACCCAGCCCUGCUGCGACCUGGUAGACUUGAUCGUAAAAUACACAUUGAGCUGCCUAAUGAACAGGCUCGACUGGACAUCCUCAAAAUCCACUCCAGUCCCAUCACUAAGCAUGGGGAAAUAGACUUUGAAGCCAUCGUAAAGCUGUCUGAUGGUUUCAAUGGAGCUGAUCUGAGAAACGUGUGCACUGAAGCAGGACUAUUUGCGAUCCGGUCUGACCGGGAGUAUGUCACUCAAGAAGACUUCAUGAAAGCUGUUCGCAAGGUGGCUGACUCGAAAAAGCUGGAAUCCAAAUUGGACUACAAACCUGUUUAAACCCUUUGUCACAGUGCUUUAACUGACUUACUAUGUUUUUCUCAUUCACUCUCUUGCUGUGUUCCUUGCUUCAAAGGCAGAAACACUUGCAUCAGUAUAUAUCUUAAUGCAUGCUAUGAAUAUCAAAUUUCAGAGAUCAAAAUGCUUUCUGUUGUUUAUACAUCUUCAGCUCAGUUGAUUGUUCUGUUCUUUUACAAACCAAUUGUGUAAAAUUAGUUUGCAAAUACAAUGCUAUUAAACAUU